CUGUAGAAAUAGGUUAAAAAAUGUCGAAUUUAAUUUAUUGUCGACUAUGUGGAUUAGAAUUACCACUGCCUUGUAUAAAAACUUUGGAACAAAUAAAAGAUGAAAAUUUAGACACAAUUAUCUACCAAUGUUUACAUAUUAAUUUGAAUUUAAAUGAUGUGUUCCCCAAAACUACUUGUUAUAACUGUUGCAAUGCUGUUCUAGAAUAUCAUAACUUUCUAAACAAAGUUCAAAAUGUUCAAAUUAAAUUACGUGAAAUAUUUAUUGAAAAUGCACUAAAUAUUAAAACUGAAACUAAUGAUGAUGAGACAAGAAAUAUUGUAUAUGUACCACUAUUUUCGAAUAUCGAUGAUAAGGCAUCGAAGAAAACAGAAAAUAGUACCGCUACUAAUAAAAGUACGUUUCCAUUUAAUGAAGUGAAAUCAGAAGAUAAUGAUUCGUCUAAUGAAAUUGAAAUCAGUGAACCCACAGAAUUGAAAGAAGAAACAUCGGUAAAAAAAGAAGAAAAUCGAACUGAAACUUCUAAGCAAUGUUCAAAAUGUGAUUUUUAUUGUGAAUCAGCAACUGAUUUGGAAGAACAUAUUGAAUCAUUUCACGAUGAUUGGGUAUUUUCUGAAUCAGAAAGUAAAGAGUGUAAACCAAGUAAAAAGAGCCUUAGUAAAACAAAAAGACAAAAGAAAGCCUUAGUAAAAUAUGAUUGUGAAAAAUGUGGAAAAUCUUUUAAACAAAAAUCUCAUUUACAAAGACAUCAUUUUACCCAUGUUGAAGAUAAACCAAUCAAAUGUGAUGAAUGUGGUAAAAGAUUUAAACACCCCGAAGGAUUAAAAGAACAUUCAAGAAAACAUUUACCACCACAAGAAAAUAAUCAAUACAAAUGUGAUGUUUGCAAUAAAAUGUUAAUUUCAGCCAACGGUUUAUUAUAUCAUAAAAAGAUGCAUGAAGGGACGUAUGAAUAUAUUUGCGAAGUAUGUGGUGCUAAAUGUCGAACACAACAAAAUUUGGCUGGUCAUCGUCUCAUGCAUCAAACAGAAACUCCUUUUAAUUGUGAAAUAUGUACAAAAGCUUUUAAGACUGAAUAUGGGCUCAAGAAACAUCAAUUAGUUCACAGCGACGUAAAACCUCAUGUUUGUGAUGUUUGUGGACAAAAAUUUAAAGAAAAAAGAGGUUUGGUUCGUCAUCAUAAUUCACAUUCCAAAGAACUGCCAUUUGAAUGUAGUUAUUGUAAAAAAUGUUUUCGAGAAAAACGUUUUCUACAGGUUCAUCUUAGACAACACACAGGUGAACGUCCUUAUUCGUGUAAAGAAUGUAACCAUCAUUUUACAAAUUCCUCAAAUUAUAUAAAGCACAUGCGAGGUCGACACGGAAAUUACAAACCUAUUAAAAAUGUGAUAAUAUUAAGAAAUGCCGUAGAUUCGUAAUUUAAAUUUCGAAAUAAAAUAAUUUUAUAUUAUUUAA